AUGUCGCUCGACUUGGAAAAGCAUUUGACCUUUUAUGGGGCAUACCACCACAACACCGUCAACAUCGGCAUUCACAUGGCAUGUGUGCCGCUCAUCCUAUUUUCAGGAUUUUGUCUCGCCACCAACACAGGAACUCUCAUUCCCCUUCCCGCCUGGCUUACAGUUCCCAACUUGGAUCUCAACCUGGGAACCCUGGCAGCAAUUACCUGGGGCGGGUUGUACGUGCUUCUUGAGCCCGUCGCCGGCACCUUGCUGGCCGCCAUCUGCUUGGCCGCCACUGCAGCUGGCAAUUCUUUCAGACUCGAGAACCCCGAUUUGACGAACAAGGUCGCCAUCGGAGUUCACGUCGUCUGCUGGAUCUUCCAGUUCAUCGGCCACGGCGCUUUCGAGGGCCGUGCCCCUGCUCUGCUGGACAACUUGGUCCAGGCUGUCUUUCUGGCCCCUCUGUUUGUCUGGCUGGAGUUCCUCUUCAAGCUCGGCUACCGCCAGGAGCUCAAGGGCCGUGUCGACAAGGCCGUCGAGAAGGAAAUCGCCAAAUUCAAGGCCGCCAAGGGCAAUGGCGAAGCCAAGAAUGGCAAGGCACAAUAG